AUGAAACAAAAACAAAAGAAAAAGCACGUUCAGACGAGCUCAAGCUCUACACAACUCCAUACCCUCGCACAACCAUUUGAAAAAAGUCUGAAAGUGAAGGAUGCGUGGUUCGAUGUCCUCUCCGUGUUAAAUAAAGAUGUUACAAGCGGUGUAAUCAGUUACUUGUUACGGACCGAACUUUCGGACGCGGAGAGACAACAAAACGCGGACUUACUCUUAUCGUUUUAUGUGGGGUGCGACAAACUGAAAGAACUGAUUGACCUUUGCGUCGAGAUGGAUUACUUCUUGAAGGUGAAUGAUAAGACGAAGUAUUCUCCAUAUACCAAUUUACUCAUGGCAAUAGUCUUACGAAGCUGUAAGGAUCAAUUCCAAGAGUUCCAACAACUUUUGAUUAAGCGGGUACAAAAGUUGAAGGGGGUAUCUCUUGAUGACAAGAAAACGUCGACGUCUGACAAAGAUUUAAUGAAGGUGAAAGAACUCCUCAAUUCGUUUGUAGAAGGGUGGAUGACCCAAAACUUCCCGACCGUUGUCAUGUACAUCUGGUCGAAACAGUACCAAACGUUUUCAAACAAAAUCUUCACGAAGGACGAUGUGUAUAAAACGAUGGAGAAUUACAUGUUUCUGUCUCCAUUUAAUUCAUUUGUAUAUUUGUGGAUGAACCAAACGGAGAGUGUCCAGUCGAUCAUUUUGUUUUCGCGGCUCAUGCAGUCGCUCUUUGUCACAACGCAAACGGAUUCGUACUGGAAACUUUGGAUGAAACAGAACUCGCAAGAUUUAUUAAAACAAGUCUUCAAAUUUGUGUGGAGGAUAAAAGACUUGGAAGUUGAGCCCAACGUUGCUGUCUCGCAAAUUCCACGGAACGUGAAGGGCCUUGUCGACUUUUUGAACACUGAAGAAUCGAAGAAAGGCGUCAAGAACUACAUUUCAGAGUAUGGCAUACGACUACUUCUAUUAACAGGGAAAACAGACGAGAGGUCGGUCAAACUCCAAUCAGUCCAAGCAGAGACAUACUCUCUCUUGGUCGCAUCGAUGAACGACAAACUCAAUUUCUUACAACAAAUGUCGAUAAUGAAGAUGCGAAUUAAGGAUUUGCAUGAGGAGCGACGUUAUUUGAGGCAACUCCUUGGCCCUGAAUAUAUGAAUGACGAACAUGACGAGGAACAAGAAGAGAAAGACGAGAAUUGA